UUUUAUCCCACAGGCGUAACUCAAGGUGAGGGAAAGUUUCUUCUCAACUUCAGCAUGAACUGAGGGGAUGAUACCCUGCCUCUGCGUCCCUCCAUUGGUCCCCGUGUUGAGCGUGGGGGCCGUAAGGUGUGGCCUUGCACCGCUCGCCUCCUUCAGUGCGCUCACAAGGGAAUAAACAGCAAGAGCUAUAAAGGCACCAUUGUGCGGGGGGGACCACUAUCGCAUGUUUUCAGCUUCUGCUAUGUGGACUCAAGUAUGAAGUGAAAUAAAGAACUUUCCGGGAGCUUUUUGAAACUCUUCCAGGAGCACAAACGUCAGAUAAGUGGUGUCCUCAUUUGACUAAAAAUAACUUGGAAACUUUCUCACCGGCCCGCUAUGAGGAGCGCACCAUGAGGCCAGUUUGCUGUGCUCCAUCUCACUGAAGCUUGCCCUGCAAACAGGUGGAUUUCGGAUAUUUCGUGAAGGUAUCUGAGGCCUCAGCAUGCCAGUGCCCCCUCCUCCCCCUCCACCUCCCCUGGCUCCCCCACCACCCCCACCGCCCAGUGCUGCGCUACCACAGUGUCCAUCAGAGCCUCCUAAGCCCCAGUCUGGUGGAGGAGGAGGUGGAAGGAAUGCCCUGUUGGCCGACAUCCAGAGAGGAGCCAGGCUCAGGAAAGUCACACAGGUCAACGACCGCAGUGCCCCAUCCGUUGAUAAGCCCAAGGCCAGCACUGGAGAUGUUUCCAGCAGUGUUGGUGCUUCUCAGGGCUCAUCAGCAGGGACUGCACCCAUGGGACCCUCUUUGGGUGGGCUGUUUGCUGGAGGGUUCCCCACUCUCAGGCCUAUAGGUCAAAGAGACUUAGCAGGGAAGACCCCAGUGUCGCGGUCGAGCUCCUCUGUCUCCCUGAAGCCCCUGUGGAACCCCCCCUCACCAGCGGACAUGAGCAUCAUCCCUGAGCCUCACAGGACGGCGGAGCUCCGAGGCUCCGUCCACCGUCCGCUCGCUGCGUCGUCCUCUGCUCCUCCCUCCCCCUCUCACAGCAGCAAGCACCCGCCUCCUUUUCCGGCUUCCCCCACCACCUCCUCCCCCCCUGCCCCUCCCUCCGCUCCUCCCCCACCUCCCCCACCUCAAGCCUUCCAAGACCGGCCAGCUAACAGGCAUCCGCCACUCCCCUCCUGCCCUCCUCCUCCGCCUCCGUCCCAGGUUACCAAGCCCACCUGGCUCCCUAUCCAGCACUCCCACCACACCACUAUCUCCCAGCCUUCCACUCCUCCUCCACCUCCUCCUCCUCCACCUUUCCAACCUCCUUCAACUGUUCCAGGGGACCGCUCCUCUGGCUGCUUCCACCCUCUGCCCCCCUCCCCAGUCCACUCUGAACCUUCUAGGUUCCCCAUCCUGCGGGACAGCCCACUGGGACCUCCUCCACCACCUCCUCCACCCCCUCUCCCAGCUUCUUUUACCCCUAGCUGCCCCUCCACCCUCCCGCCUCCACCACCCAAGCUUGCCCCAUUGCCCUCCCCAGCCAUGCGCUCUCUGCCUCCCUCGUACCCCUGCAACGCUCCCACCCGACGUCCGCCUGCUGUGCCCAGAAGUGCAGGUAUGAGUCGUCUGGCUCCCCCUCCAGCUCCUCCGGCACGUUCCCCCUCUACUGAGCUGUCCAGCCGCAUUCCUCCACCUCCACCUCCACCUCCACUGCCUCCAUCAAGUCUCAGGAAUGGACACCUGCACAGCCUCGAUGAUUUUGAAUCCAAGUUCCAGUUCCACCCUGUAGAAGACUUACCUCCUCCUGAUGAAUUCAAGCCUUUCCCUCGGAUCUAUCCCAGCAAGGAAAACAGAGUGAACCCCAAACCACCUGGGAUGAGGACAUACCUCAGAUGAGUCAAGGCCUCACCCUGCCCACCCUCCUCCACACACACACACACACACACACACACACACACACACACACACACACACACACACACACACACACACACACAUCAGGAAGUUCAAUCUCAAUCUCAAACUCAAUCCUCCUCUUUCCUUCUCAUGACAAUAGCAUAACUGCCAUGGACUCGUCUGGAUGUAAGUUCUGUGUGUGUAUGGGUGUGUUUUUAUGCGAGUGUCAAACAGGGUCCCGCCUCAUACAGACUACGUGACCUCAGACCUUUUCCAGUGUGGAAUGUUUUGAAUGUGUGUGAGGAGGAGGGCUCUCCCUACUCGUGCUCAUGCACACCAUGGACAGUGUCUUCCACUAGCUAUAUUUAACAUGACUCUUGACACAGUCUGCAUUUCACUAUCUGUAUACAGAAUCUAAUAUUUUGAUUUUAUCUCUUAACUGACUUUUAUAUCAGGAUGUCAUGGUCUGUCCCCUUACACAGUAGCACUUUUAAAGUCUGCAUCCAACCCAGAAGCAUGAUUGUAAAGCUCUUUUAAAGACCAGCAACAACUACUACAAGUAGGAAAGUUACUUUACUGCAGUAGGUAACUUUAAAAAAAUAAUAACUUUUUGUCAUAUUUGCUGAAACUUUAGCUAUAUUCUGACCAUGGUGCAUUAGACAGAUAAUCUGUGAAAAAGUCAAGUUCUUCUGUCUCCUCCUAGUGCUCUGGGUUUUUGAAACAAUCCACUGCGCCUGAAUGAAAACAACCAAUCCGAACAGAGAAAGAUGAUUGUUGAGUGUCAUUGCUAGGUCUCAACUAUCUUCAAGCCACCAACCCAAAGCACCAGUAUAUUACGACUUGAGAAUGAGUGUGUCUUUCUUGAAAAAAAAAACGCUCCAACGAUGUUCUCCCUGCACUUUUCUUUUAAAAAAAAGCUAGACAAUCCUCUCAAGAUGUCAUCUGUUUCCCUUUGUUUUGGGAACUCACUGUUAGCAAAUAAACCUCAUGUGAAUUUUUUAUUUGUAACCACUCACUUGCACUGCACGAUAUGCAAACCUAGGGGGUUCUUAAAUCUUUGUACAUAUAGUGGUGUUCUUCUGUGUUUAUGUAAUUGUUUUGUUUUUUUAUAAGUAAAAUAACAAAUGAAUCCAUAAAAGUGUAAAAGAAAUAUAUUAUUAGUAGGAUUAUGGGAAUGCAUCUGUUUUAAGUUACACCAUUAUGAAUCGAUAAUGAAUGAGAUAUAGUGUUUCCUUUCUCCCAGUGUAUUAACCAAUACUAACACCUGUGAAGACAGUGCCACCUGCUGGUUCAAUGUGUAAAGUAUUACAAGGUGUGACCACCAAAUAAACCACAGUAUUUUGUUAAGAAA